AUGGGAAUUCUUUUCGACGUCGGUCCAUCGGAGACUCGAUCGAUCUCGCAGGAGUGCCACCGCCUCUGCUUCUCCGGGUUGUCCCUGGUCGACCCGGCCACCGCCGGCGGCCAGCGGGUGGUGAACGUCUGGGCCGAGGCCGAGGGAUGCGAGGCGUACGCGAUAGGGACGUUGUCGGAGGAGGAGCCCAUCGUGGCCUUGCCGCCGGUGGUGUUCGGCGUGGAGUCGUUCUUCCUGCGGCACGACUCCGUGGCUGCCACUGUCCGGUUCUACGGCACCGUUCUUGACCCGCCGCCGCCUUCGGAUGGCGAGGAAGAGGAGGCCGUUCUUGAUGACGGCGAGGAAGGGGAGGCCGUUCUUGACGACGGCGAGGAAGAGAUGGCCGACGAGGAGGCGGGGGUGGAGUACGAGCUUCUCAGCGAAGAGGACAUCGCGGAGCGUUACGACAGCGACAACGGCGAGGACGAGGACGGCGAGGAGGAAGAUCGGCCCCGCAAGUUCAGGGACGGCGAAGCGGAAGGGGAGAGCAGCAAGAGGAACAGCAUCCCACUAGUCGCUGCUCCGGCCGGGAGCGUCGUGCCGGAAGGGGAGUUUCUCGGAACGGCGCGGUUCGCCAUUGUCGAGAACACCGCCGGCUUCAUGCGGGUCGCCGCCGCCGAGGGCGGCGAAGGACAAGGAGGCAACGAGAUCCUCGUGCUGUACCGAUACACCCGCUUCUCGAGGACGUGGAGCGGACGACGAGGCGUGGAGGAGUGCAGGAGGACGAAGCUGCACUGGCUCCGGUUUGCCGUCCCGGCCGCCGGCGACCUGGCGAGCUCGCUGGCGUGGGCCGGCGCCUCGCUGUCCCCGCUGAUUUACCCCCGCCUCUUCCGCCGGCAGCUUCAAGACCUGUGGUCAAGGCUGACAGUGCCAGCGAUGGUUAGCAGCAUCCCGUCACGAACCGCACGCCUCCAGGUGAUCGUGGACGUGGGCAUCCUCCGGUGCGAGGACCACACGCCGGAGCGCAUGGAGCACAUGUUCGGCGCGUUGGAGGGCAAGGUGCAUGAGGCAUGGCCCGAGUACUACCACGUCUGCAAGGAGCUGCACCUGCCAGAGCCGGUGCGGCACGAGGAGGGCAGAGACGAAGACGGCGCGCGGCUGGCGAACUGGAAGAGGGUCGCCGAGGAGUGCUCUGUUUGCUUGGAGCUGCUCGAGCGCGGCCUGGCGGCGUGGCCGGGGUGCAUGCACGUAUUUCAUGGCGCCUGCUUGGAGAAGACGCUGGCGGAGAGCGAGAUGUGCCCGCUGUGCCGGGGCAAGCUGUCAGAGAUAAUCAAGAUGCAUCACCAAUCUGCAGCAUUAACAAGUGAUCGAGUGAUGUAG